AAUCUGUUAAAAUUUCUCAAAAUUCUAAUUGAAUUCGCAACAAACGAAAAACAAAAGCCCAGCAAGCAAACCAGACGAGCCACCCUAAAACGCUGUCCAAGGAGAGCGCUUGCGCAGAUUCCGCAGCAAAAGCAAAAGAAAGCAAAGGAAAUGGGUAACAACAAGCGGUUCAAGAACCAUAAGCCGCCUCACCGUGACCGUGGGCAAUCUAGCCGGACCCAUCACCAUCUUCCACAGUCUGACGAAUCCCUACCGUCCGAUCAAGCUACUGAAGAGGAGCCAACAGCAACAGGUCCCAAAAUCCAGCUUGCAAUGUGGGAUUUUGGCCAAUGUGAUGCAAAAAGAUGCACGGGACGCAAGCUUUCAAGAUUUGGCUUUUUGAAAGAAUUGCGUGUCAAUAAUGGUUUUGGAGGCAUUGUUUUGAGUCCAGUUGGGAUGCUUUGUGUCUCAAGAGAAGAUUAUAGUUUAAUCCAGCGAAAAGGAUUGGCUGUUGUGGAUUGCUCUUGGGCACGCUUGGAUGAUGUACCAUUUGUGAAGCUGCGUUGCACUGCUCCUCGCCUCUUGCCUUGGCUUGUAGCAGCAAAUCCAGUAAAUUAUGGUCGACCCUGUCAACUAUCUUGUGUGGAGGCAUUAUCUGCGGCUUUGUUCAUAUGUGGGGAAGAAGAAACUGCAAAUUUGUUGCUUGGAAAGUUCAAAUGGGGUCAUGCUUUCCUGUCCCUGAAUAGGGAACUUCUGAAGGCAUACUCCAAAUGUGAAAAUAGUGCUGAAAUAAUUUCGGUCCAAAAUGAUUGGCUUUCACAAAACAGUCAGGUUCCAAAGUCUCCUAGAGAAGUAAAAGGAGGAGGAGCAGACCUGUCCUCUCUCGGUGAAGAUGAGGAGGGCUCUUGUGAUUCCGAUGAUGGGCUUCCGCCACUGGAAAGGAAUAUGAAUCACUUAGACAUACAGGAAAGUGAUGAAGAAAGUGAUUAACAAAGGAUAAUGAUAUGUUUAAUCAGCGUGUGAUUUUGGCUUUUGAUUUUAGAAUCACAUUACCUAUUUAUAUUGCCCGAGGGGCAUUUUUUCCUUAUAUUAUUCGGUUUGCGAUGUCCACUUGUGUUAUAAGACGCAUACCUAUUUAUUAAAUUUAUACCUUAAAUCUAUGAAAUAUUAAUCUUGAAUGACUCA